UGCCAGCCGCUCGCGCUGUCCCCGGCGACCGGCACUCGGGCCUGGAGCGCGGGAGCCCCAGACGGAGCCGGAAGCGGGAGCAGCGAGCAGGAGCCCCGGGCGCCCGAACGCGCGAUGCUCGUGGUCCCCAGUGUCCCUGGGCCACCGGGUGUGAGGGCGGCUGCCCCGAGCCGAGCCCUGGCUCCGAGGAGGAUGCCCUGGCCGCCGGCCGGCUCCCGCCUGCACCAUGAGUGAUGAGCGGCGGCCGCCGGGCAGCGCUGUGGGCUGGCUGGCGUGCGGAGGCCUUUCCCUGCUGGCCAACGCCUGGGGCAUCCUCAGCGUCGGUGCCAAGCAGAAGAAGUGGAAGCCUCUCGAGUUCCUGCUGUGCACGCUCGCGGCCACCCACAUGCUCAACGUGGCAGUGCCCAUCGCCACCUACGCUGUGGUGCAGCUGCGGCGGCAGCGCCCCGGCUACGAGUGGAACGAGGGCCUCUGCAAGGUCUUCGUCUCCACCUUCUACACCCUCACCCUGGCCACCUGCUUCUCUGUCACCUCCCUGUCCUACCACCGCAUGUGGAUGGUUCGCUGGCCUGUCAACUACCGGCUGAGCAAUGCCAAGAAGCAGGCGGUGCACACGGUCACGGGCAUCUGGAUGGUGUCCUUCAUCCUGUCGGCCCUGCCUGCCGUCGGCUGGCACGACACGAGCGAGCGCUUCUACGCCCACGGCUGCCGCUUCAUCGUGGCUGAGAUCGGCCUGGGCUUCGGCGUCUGCUUCCUGCUGCUGGUGGGAGGCAGCGUGGCCAUGGGCGUGGUCUGCACGGCCGUCGCCCUCUUCCAGACGCUGGCUGGGCAGGGGGGGCGCCGGGCGGACCGCCGCGCCUUCACGGUGCCCACCAUCGUGGUGGAGGACGCGCAGGGCAAGCGCCGCUCCUCCAUCGACGGCUCGGAGCCCGCCAAGACCUCGCUGCAGAUCACGGGCCUCGUGGCCACCAUCGUCUUCAUCUACGACUGCCUCAUGGGCUUCCCCGUGCUGGUGGUGAGCUUCAGCAGCCUGCGGGCAGAUGCCUCGGCACCCUGGAUGGCGCUGUGUGUGCUGUGGUGCUCGGUGACCCAGGCCCUCCUGCUGCCCGUGUUCCUCUGGGCCUGCGACCGCUACCGGGCCGACCUCAGGGCUGUCUGGGAGAAGUGCGUGGCCCUGAUGGCCAACGAUGAGGACUCGGAUGACGAUACCAGCCUGGAGGGGGGUGGCGUGCCCCCAGACCUGAUGCUGGAGCGCCCCCUGGACUACAGCUACGGAGGCGACUUUGUGGCCCUGGACAGGAUGGCCGGCUAUGAGCUGUCCCUGGAGGGGGGCCUGCCCCAGAUCUACCCGCUGGGGCCCUUGCAGGAGGACAAGAUGCAGUACCUGCAGGUCCCGCCCACGCGACGCUUCUCGCACGAGGACGCGGACCUGUGGGCCGCAGUCCCAUUGCCCGCCGUCCUGCCGCGCUGGGGCUCCGGAGAGGACCUGGCAGCCCUGGUGCCAGCCGCCGGGCCCGACCGGCGCCGCGACAGCCCGCUGCCCUUCGCGGGGGACGCGCCCCCGUUCCGCCCGCGCCGCCGCUCGGCCGAGAGCCUGCUGCCGCUGCGCCCCUCGGCCCGCAACUCGCCGCCCAGCAGCCCGCGCCGCCGUCCCGGGCCUGGAGCCCGCUCCGCCUCCGCCUCGCUGCUGCCGGACGCCUUCGCGCUUACCGCCUUCGAGCACGAGCCGCAGGCCCUGCGCCGCGCGCCCGCCCCGCCCGCGCUCUUCCCGGCGCGCGCCCCCGCCGCCCCCGACCUCGCCCAGCCCGGCGAGGACGAGGCGCCCCCUGGCGGUGCCGGCGCUCAGCGGAGCCCCGGGCCGCGCCCGGCCGCUCAGGCGCACGCGCGGCCCCUGCGGACAGCCCUGAGCGCGUCGUGGGGCGAGCCGGACGACCUGCGUGUGGCCGGAGGCGGCGGGGGUGGCGGCAGCACCAGCAGCUUCCUGAGCUCGCCGUCCGAGUCCUCGGGCUACGUCACACUGCACUCAGACUCGCUGGGUUCCGCGACCUAG